AUUACUACGCAAAAAUUAGAAUGAGGCAUGAGAGUUACACUUCAAGUUUCAUCGUAAAAUUUCAUCAAUUAGAGUCCCUGAUUGCAUCUCAGCUGUAUGAGUAGAUGAGUUUUGUUCGAAGAUGAUAUAGCACUCAUUCUCAUUAUGAUAGUUUUUAUUCAUCAGUUUAAUUCCUACCGGUAUAUUCUCAUUCCAUACCUUUAACAAUAAGCCCAAUAUAAACUCACUUGCUUAGGCACAUCCUCUUGUGAUUUCUCGUUAUUUUUAAUGCGUAUGCUUUCUGACUGUAUGUAGUCUGAGUUGUAGCACUUUUAUCAAUCUUAAUGUAAUGUUUGAUUGAACUAAUCCUUAUUCAUUUUGCUCAUGUUUCGUUUUAAACUUUAUCUAGAUGGACUUGAACUGCAUCAUUCAGUCAACAAGAAAUCUUCACCUAAAUGCGAACGAACAGCAAAGCAAAAAUGAAUACGUUAUUGAUGUUAGUGAUGAAAACAACGAUGAUUAUCUGCUAGGAGAUGAAUUCGAAAAAUCGUGGGAUUUUAACAAGAUGAAUCUCCCUACUAAACCAUCACCGCUAGUUAGCUUCAAAGUCUGUACUGAGCUAAAUUCAUUUGUGAAGGACCACGCCUCUGGUGGCCAUCCCUUUGCCCGAAGCGACGUUAUGCCUUCACAGCUCAUAGAUCUCACAUGUCUUACAAAAGGAAACGCGAAGAUCGUUUAUCAAGCAACUUUAAAAGUUAAAUCCGAAAAGAGAUUAAACUAUCGUCCAGGUGAUAGCAUCUCCAUAUUACCUGAAAAUGAUGAGCAAACUGUGACAUGGUUAUCACAGCGUUUAACACUGGAUAGUCUACAUGAUGCUGAUACACUUUUUACCCCUGAAGUAAUAGCUACAAAGUAUGGAAAGCUGCCUGGCUGGUCUUAUUUCGCUCAUCCACUUUCAUUACGAUAUUUGUUAACGUACUGCUGCGAACUUUAUGUGCCCAUAACACGUCGGAUUUUGAGAUUGUUAGCAGAUUACUGUUUUGAUGACAAUGUUAGUCCCAUAAGUGCAGAAAGGCAACGUAACCGCCUCCUGGAAUUUGCAAGUCAAGAAGGGAAGGAAAUGUUUGAGAAGUAUAUCCGAAAACCUGGUCUUAAUCUUUUAGAUAUUUUGUCCAUAUUUUCAUGUUGCCGACCGUCAUUUAUUCGACUGUUGGAAAUUCUGCCACCUCUUCAGCCGCGUUCAUAUACACUCAUUAAUCCAGUUGAUAAACAACAGUCACCUCAUGAACAAGAGUUAUCCUUCAUUUUCACUAGAGUGGAUUUUGAAUAUUCCGAGAAUGAUAAACAUCUAAAUGUUAUUCGUCGUUACCCACCACGACGUCAUGGUACUUGUACUGGUUGGCUGGAAAAAAUAUGGUUUGGAGUUAAUAAACCUGAUAACUAUCAGAAUACUGAUUGCAACAAUGUAAAAUUGCGAACUAUCUAUAUAUAUUUACGUGAAAAUAUCACACAUUUUAAUCUACCUGAAGAUAUAUCUCAACCAGUUAUUAUGAUUGCUGCUGGAAGUGGAAUUGCACCAUUUAUUAGCUUCAUAAGACAACGUAAAAUUGACUACCUUAAGAAAAAUACAUCUCUCGGAGAUUUGUGGUUAAUUUAUGGUUGUCGUUCCCCAGUGUCUAGUCUGUUAUUUGAGAAUGAACUGUCAGAUGCAGUAAAUUCUCAAGUAUUAAAACAUCUUUGCCUUUGUUUCUCAAGAGAUACUGUGAAUUCACCGGAUGAAAAGUAUGCACUUGAAGGAAUUUCAUCAAUAUUAAUUGAACAAGCUUGUUUCCCACUCAAAGCACAAUAUGUUCAAGAUUGUAUCUUUCGUAGAUUUUCUACUGAUUCUGAAAUACCAGAGCAUGAUAUUCAACUGAUGAAUCUAGUUUUUGAGAAAAAUGCCAAGAUAAUGAUAUGUGGAAAACAAACUUUAACUUCUGGAGUAUGUCAGUCUUGGUUGAAACUACUUGCUAUACGAUUUCACUAUGAACGAACACAAACAUGGUGUACAUAUUCGGAUAUAUCUGAAGUAGAUUUAAUGAAGGCACGCGAAUAUGUUGAAAUAAUGCGUAAAGCAGAACGGUUCCAAGAAGAUGUGUGGAUUUAGCGAAAAAUUCUUCUCAUAUUUUUUACUGUAAAUUAUUCAUCUAUUAAUAUUUUUUUAUUUAUAUAUACGUCAAGGUGUAUAAUAUUGUACAUUAAACUGUAAUUAGAUUGUUCUUUUCCCGCAACUGAAACUUUGGGUCCCAUUUACACAAUAAAUAACAUUAAAAGCUGAUUGCAUUCGUUCCAGCUAAUCAUGCUAACAAGAAUUUGUUUGUCAUGAGUUAUGGAUUUGUUAAUAAGGUGAUUAUUCAUUCAUCAUGAAAAAAAUACAUUUUAUCAAGUAAUAA